AUGACACAAACUGCAACUGCAGCAACUACAACAACUGCAAAUGACGCUGCUAUGGAAAAGAAAGCUCAUAAAGCUUUGUUCCGUUCGCAAGUCAUGAGCGGGACUACACCAAUUCAACUGAAAGCGAAAGCGAUUCGUUCCAAGAUGAUUCUCUCCAAUGCGCCUGGCGCAGGAGGCAAGGUCGCCGCCACAUCAAACGGGCAAAAGCUGCCGUCAUUAUUCAAGGAAACCAAUUUUCAAUACUUGGGAGAUACAGUUAUCAUCUGGAACCUGAAGGAAUAUCUUGAUCAUCCCAAGUGGAAAGAAGAUGCUCUGAGACGUUCGCUGAAAAGACGACAGCGAGAAGAAUCCUUGGCCAUGUCAUCAGCCUCGAACAGCAAAAGUUGCAUUUCCCUUCAAGGUGGCGGUGGUCUGAACUCCAAGAACAGGAAGAAGCGCUUUCGUGCCGUCGUAGAAGCAUUGUAUCAGAAAAGCUUGGCCGAGAAUAAGACGGCGGCAAUCCCCGGAAAAAGCAACUGA